UGAAAACAAAAAACAAAAAAUGCAAAGUGAUCAGAAAACUUCUGAGGAAGCAGACAAUGAAAUUUGGAGUCAGGAAAACUCACAAUUCAUUAGAGAAUUGGUUAUGAAUGCCGAAAUGACUGAAAGACUAAUGCUUGGAAAAGGAACCUUGCAAGAGGACAAGGAAACAGAAGAUAAGGAGACAGAAGAUAUUCAAAGCAAAGUGCAGAAAACAUCUACAAAAACUCAAAGGACAAAAAGAAGAGCCAAAUCUCCAGAUAGAUACACACCAGCGGGGCAGAGUGCUGAUGCAAAAAGAAGAAGAAAAGAAAGAGCAAAAAGAGUGGCAGAAGAAGAAUUCUUACCACCAUGUAAAGAGAUGUAUGGGCCGUUCUCAGAAGACCCAACAGACGCUAUUGAUCAAGAGGAAGUGAAUAAAUUCACAGAAUACUUGAAGAUUGGGCUGAUGAAAAAACCAAAGAAGGAACACAACGUGAUUAGAAGAUACAAGGCCGACUACGAGAUAAUGUCCAGUAAUCCUUUGAUUUUGGACACCAUGAAGAUAGAGUCAAAAACAUGGUUGCAUGAUCUGUUUGUAAACCACCAAUGGCUGUCUGACAAG